AUGUCCUUCCCUGCCGCCGUGACCAAUAUCAAGGUCGGCAUUAUGACCGACGAGUACCGUCUGUUUACCGCCGAGGGUUACAUCCGUGGCAAGGAGGCACUUCACCCCGUGCCUUCGUGCCUACUCCGUACUCCGACCGUCCUCGCGCACACGGAAAAGGUGAUGAAGCUCAAGGACAUGAUGAUCGUUACAUGGAAGGAGGAUGACCCCAAAGAUCCGCGUAACCUCAUCAACGCUUACCGGUGGUACAUAGCCGCCCUCGCAGCUAUGUCCGUCAUCUUGGUCGCGUUCAGCUCCGCCGUCGUCGCUGGCAAUUUCUACGACCUCCAAGAAGAGUUCCACGUCUCGUCGCACUCUCAAUAUCCUUCAUGGUUAUCAAAUUUGGAAACCCAGCUACGUGAAGUGCGCGCCUCUGGGCCGCAUGUUGAUGUGAUCACUGCGCUCCGGUGCGACUACGGUAAACUCGGCGCGUUCCGUCCAUUUCAUCCACCAUCUAGGGCAGAAAUACCGAGCAUCAAACCAGAGCGCACGCACAAAAGAGUGUGCACGGUCCAUGGGGCUUCGCCCGAUAUUUGGACGUAG